ACCACGCUAUGGUGCAGCCAUUUUGUUGGAGUCCUUUGUACGAAGAAGUCGCCCUGUGUAAAGAAAGAACAGUUUUAAAAAUGGCAGAUGAAGAAACUCCCCAAACCGAGCAGAUUGAACAACAAAAUGGCGAGGAGUUCACUGAAAACGCAGUGGAACCAAUGGAAGGCGAUGAAUCGGGCGGUGGAGAUCAGGCAGAAGGAGGAAAUCCUGAAGACGAAGACGACAGAAAGUUGUUUGUUGGUAAUCUGAGCUGGGAAACUACACAAAAGGAUCUGAAAGACUAUUUUUGUAAAUACGGAGAAGUAGAAAACUGCACAUUAAAGACAGAAAUUGAAACAAAAAGAUCAAGAGGAUUUGGUUUUGUUGUAUUUAAAUUAGCAUCUGUAGUGGACAAGGUUUUAGAAGAGAAAGAACACAAAUUAAAUGGACGAACAAUAGACCCAAAAAAAGCAAAUCCAAGAAGAGAAGUGGUAAAGAAAAUAUUCGUUGGAAAAUGUGAUCCAAGCACAGAAGAAAGUGAAAUUAAAGAAUAUUUCUCCAAAUUUGGAAAGGUAGAGAAAGUGGAAUUGCCAUUUGACAAACAAAAGGACCAAAGACGAGGCUUUGUGUUUGUGGAAUUUGAUUCUGAAAAGGCUGUAGAGAAAGUAUUAAAUGAAACUACACACAAAAUGGGCUCACAAGAGUUUGAUGUAAAGAAAGCCACACCCACAAAUCAAAGUAAAAGAGGAGGACGUGGUGGAUUCUUUGAUGGAGGAAGAGGAGGUAGGGGUCGUGGAGGGUACAACCAAGGUUACUAUGGAAACCAAGGUGGUGCUUAUCCUGCUUACAAUUAUGGUGGUUAUGGUAAUUAUGACAGCAAUUACUAUAAUAAUUAUGGAUAUGGAUGGGGAGGAUAUGACCAAAGUUACUAUGGUGGAUAUGGGGGUUAUGGAGGCUAUGAUUAUGGCAAUGGAAGUUGGGGAUAUGAUCAAGGCCAACAGACAAGUCAAUAUGGUAAAACACAGAAAGGUGCCCGAGGAGGAGGAGGUUAUCAUCCAUACAACCGAUGAAGAAAUUUAUAGGUCUCAUUUUUAAUAAUGGUAAUUCAUCGAUUCAUCCUCAUCCCUCAUCAAUCAAUCAAUGGAAUAUCAUCGAUCAUGGACAUGUCAACUUUUUUAACAAAAAAUGUUGUAUACACAACUAUGUGAUUUUUAACUUUUGCUUUGUUUUAAAAAAAAACUGUUUACUCUUGUCAAGAAAGCAAGAGUUUAAAAUACAUAGUGUAAAUAUUGUAAUUUGAAUAAAUGUCCCUGGUCAGGGAAAAUUGAAAAUAAA